AUGUUGACAGACAAAACGAAUGGCAACAAGGAUGCAAUGGCACCAGACAGAGACGAGUCAACUUCUCAGGGACAGACAUUGACACGGCCAAACUCAACAGGAACAGGAACAGGUGAGCCCCAAACGGGAGAACAGAGCAAAGGCGCGCAGCAACCCCUCCCCUCAACGACCAGAAGCGGGACAAGCACACCAGAAAGCAAACCGAAGGUCCAUCUCACGGGCAUCGAAGGACUCAUCUGGGACAUCCAAGAUGUGAGGAAGCUGAGGCAGGACCAUAGGAUUGCUGGCUCGCUUGCAGGAUCGCUGCCCCGGAGCCCAAUGCAGAACAUUUUCCAAGGGCUACCACUCCGUCUACUUCCAGAAGAAAUAUCUGUCCUGCUCCACCACGACAUCAUCGAUCUUGUUGUUGACAGUCAGAACCACGACCAGCAGCAACAUGACUAUAGCGACCUGGACGCAUCAAAUACAACAACAUCUGGCCUGACAGAUCACGCAUUGGUCUUUGAGCAUCUCUGGAAGGACCAUCAGUUUUUCAUCGCUCCAGGAAUGAAGUUUGGAGGCGACUACUUGCUCUACCGCAACGACCCUCUGGUCUGCCACGCAAGUCUAGUAGCCUCUGUCAAGGAACCAGAGGAACCAUUGUCCUUGGUGGAUAUGGCGAACAGUGCACGGUUGGUUUCGACUGUGCAGAAGCAGCAUCUGAUUUGCUCUGUUCUCCCAGCGCAUGCAAAUGCCACGACAACACCAACUACUGCUACGACUACCAUUCCUCCUCCUCUUUCAGAAUCCAACCGUCGUGUCGUUGCAUUUGCAGUCGAAUGGGCAGGAUUCUGA